AUUCGUCCACAACUCGAGGCAAAAAAAGAAAAUCUCAUAAACUGCCUGGUCGGAAGACGAGAAGAAACAGAGGAGGAAAAAAGUAGCAGAAAAUCGAAAUGGCCAUUGCAGCAAUCCUUCAUCCAUCAUCCAUUAUUACCACUUCUUUCAACAAAACCCGAUUCCCAUCACUUCCUCAGAAGAAUUUCUUCUUCAAAUUUUCGGUCAAAGCUUCAUCAACUUCUCUGGAGUAUUCACCUUCUUCUUCAUCUUCUGCUACUGCCCCGAAAUUAUCCACUUCAACCAGCACUUGGCAAUGGAAAUUCAAGGAGAACGCAAUAAAUGUUUAUUUCGAGGAGCUUAAGAAUGAGGGAAAAGGAGGGGAAGUUCAGAAAGCUAAGGAAAUUUUGAUGAUUCCCACAAUUUCUGAUGUUAGCACCGUGGAGGAAUGGAGAGAAGUGGCGAAAGACAUUGUUGGACGAGAUGGGUCGGUUAAUUAUAAAGCCACUAUUGUGGAUUGGCCUGGUUUGGGUUUUUCUGAUAGGCCUAAGCUCGAUUACAACGCGGAUGUUAUGGAGAAAUUCUUUGUUGAUUUAUUGAACUCUUCAGACAGCCCAUUAAGCAGCAGUGCAGGUAAUGAUUUGGCUGUUUUUGGAGGAGGACAUGCUGCCACAAUCGCUGUUCGUGCUGUGAAUAAGGGUUUAGUUAAACCGAGUGCCAUUGCUGCUAUUGCGCCAACCUGGGCAGGUCCACUUCCUAUUGUGUUUGGAAGAGAUUCGACUAUGGAAUCAAGAUAUGGAUUUCUUAGAGGCACAUUAAGGGCCCCUGCUGUUGGUUGGAUGAUGUACAAUGUGCUUGUCAGCAAUGAGAAGUCAAUACAGUCUCAGUAUAAAUCCCAUGUUUAUGCAAACCCUGAAAAUGUGACCCCAAGUAUAAUAGAGAGCAGAUAUGAACUCACAAAAAGGUCAGGUGCUAGAUACGUGCCUGCUGCAUUCUUGACUGGUUUACUUGACCCGGUAAAGUCUAGAGACGAAUUUGUUGACCUCUUUGCAAAACUUGAGGGAGAGAUUCCGGUUUUAGUAGUGUCAACUAAAGGUGCUCCCAAGAGGUCCAAAGCUGAGAUGGAUGCACUCAGGGGAGCUAAAGGAGUAAGCAAAUUUGUUGAAUUGCCUGGUGCCCUCCUUCCUCAAGAAGAAUAUCCUAUCGUGGUAGCUGAAGAGCUCUAUCGAUUUUUGCAAGAGAAUUUCAGUUGAGAGUAUUCUACAAGAUAUGUGCUUCAUCAUGGGUAACAACUUAUGAACUUUCUCAUUGUUUACCCCUUAUACAUGUUUUUCUUGGGUGUUAUAGAUUAUACAUAUGUGCACAGUUCAUGUUUAUCAUCAAAUGAAAUUUGAAAAGUCUGUCUUACACUUUAAAUCAUAAGUGAAUGGAUUUGCUUCUCAGAGAGCAUUUGUGUUCGACACACUGUAAUUGUAAUAUUAGUGAACCUGGUGAUGCGGUAUUAUCCAUGGUGUAGUUAAAACCAAAAACCUACAAAGAACUUGUGAAUGGAUCUGUUAGUUGCUCUUAUACUGCGACAGCAAUGUGGUUAAUCUGUAUUUUCGCUUGUUUAGUUAGCAUACAGACUAGAAUUUAUAGAUAAAUGAACGUCAUUUUACUGAUGGAAUACGACUAGAGCACUGAAAUUGAUGCAUGUUGAGUUUGCUGCUAAGAAGUUAAACAUAGGUUGGUAACGAAGGACACAUACACAUGUACAACAAAAAUUGAAAACACAUUCAUCAACAAUUGUUGAAGAACUAAUGAAGUAGCUCCAACAUAAGCUCAAGUGAAUCUGUAAUCGAUUCGUUGAAGAUACUGAACAAAGCCGAUAUACUUGUCACGAGGAGGUGUAGUUUCUUUCACCACAGGGAGGAGGUUUAGAGCUUCAACCCAUUUGAGAAUGAGUGGAUUUCGUUGAGGAACAAGAAUUAUAACACCUAAAAGCUUCUUCUUGUGCCUUGUGAGAACCAAAAGUUGCAGCUAUAUGAUAUCUAAAAUCCCUAGCUUUUCAGCAUUGAUACCAACAAUUCCAUCUGGAAAGAAAUACUUACUUCAUCCCAUUUUCUAAUAUCACUAGGUUCUCGUGCAGGCUAAUGAUUUUUUAGCUUUCUAUUUUCAAGUUGCAAUCUUAAUCUUAAUAGUCCUUUCGUUCCACCUUACGACACAUCAGUGUAAGUUUAUUAUAUUCAUUAUCUUUGAAAUUAUGUGCAGGCUUUUGUUUUGAAAUGCCGGAAACCCAUUGAAGACGAGCAAAACUCACGUUCAUGGCAAAAUCCUGUAAAAUCGGUAUAGCAAAUAUUUAUGUUCUCCAUCGAUCUUAGAAUGAUUAUCUUGUUUAUCAUUUGAUAAAAUAAUAAAAUAAAUAUGACAAUCAUUUUGAUAGAGUGAGUUGUAUAUAAAAACAUAUGCAAUUGUUUAUCGUUUUAAAUAUAUCACCAGUUUCCCAAA